AUGGCUGCUAACAAGAUCGCCGCAAACAGCCCUUCGAGGCAGAGCCCUUCCGACCUCGAGAAGGCUUUGGCUACCGCUCUCAACGACUUGGAGACCAACACCCCGGACUUGAAGGUUGCUCUACGACCUCUCCAGUUCGUGUCUGCUCGCGAGGUUGAGGUUGGCCAUGGCAAGAAGGCCAUUGUGAUGUUUGUCCCAGUCCCCCUUCUCCAGGGAUUCCACAAGAUCCAGCAGCGCCUCACCCGGGAACUUGAGAAGAAAUUCUCCGACCGUCAGGUCAUCAUCAUUGCUUCCCGCCGCAUUCUCCCCCGCCCCAAGCGAUCCACCACUUCCCGCACCAGCCAGACGCAAAAGCGCCCACGCUCCCGUACUCUCACCGCCGUCCACGAAGCUAUCCUCUCAGAUAUUGUAUACCCAGUUGAGAUUGUUGGUAAGCGUGUCCGAACAAAGGAGGACGGCAGCAAGUUGUUGAAGGUUGUUCUCCACGAGAAGGAGCGCGGUGGUGUUGACCACCGUCUUGAUGCAUAUGGCGAGGUUUACCGAAAAUUGACGGGUCGUGGUGUUGCCUUUGAGUUCCCCCAGAGCGGUUCUUCGGAGUACUAG